AUGGAAGUGAAGACUCGCAAUACCACCAAAAUACCGAAAACUGGCGAAAAGAAAAAACCGCAGCAGGAAGAGAAAUAUACAGAAGAUGAAAAAAAAUGCAUUGUCGAUUUGAAAAAGCUAUAUUUGGAUACUAUUAAGCUGGAUGUCGAUUUGCAAAAAGAAAUUUACAAUUUGGAAAAAUCGUAUGAAAACAAACACAAUGAAAUCUAUGAUAAACGUAACAAAUUGUUGGAAGAUUUUAAGAAACAAACUCAUGGUGGAGAUGCAGGCGAACAGGGUAACGUGGCCAAUUUCUGGUUAAAGGUAUUGAAAGCCUCCUACACAGAAUUUAUAAGCAAGCGGGACGAGAAAAUAUUAGUGUAUCUUGUUGAUAUACGUGCCAAAUUGUAUAACGAGCCGGUGGUUAAGUUUGUUAUUGAAUUCUACUUCGAGCCCAAUGAUUACUUUACAAAUCGUAUAUUAACUAAAACUUAUUAUUUGAAUUGCUUGCCCGAUGCCGACGAUCCCUUGUCAUAUGAUGGAGCCGAAAUUUAUAAAUGCGAAGGUUGCAAGGUUGAUUGGAAACAUAGCGAAAAGGACCAUGACAAGAAAGCUUUUACCUCCUUUUUCGAUUUCUUCAAUCCACCCACAUUGCCCGAUGACCCCGAAGACCCGAAUUAUUGCGACAUUAAUGCCAUCUUGCAGAAUGACUUUGAAUUGGGUUUCUAUUUAAAAGAACGCGUCAUACCAAAGGCAAUUAUGUUCUUUACGGGUGAAAUUGCCGAUUGUCAAAGUUCAGAAUCCGAGUCUGAUUCUGAUGAAGACGACGACGACGAAGAGGAUGAAGACAAUUCCAGCACCAAUUCAGCAGCGGCCAAUACAAAUGCUUGA